AUGGAAUUGGUCUCAAAAGAAUCCCCAGACGGGGCCAAGCAAUUAGACCAAACAACUGUCAACUUAGUUGCGAUCCCAUAUGGGAUUUCCACACCGAACGAAUCCAACUUCACCCCAAGAGAGAGCGAAUCGGGUUUUGAGAUAGUUACUUGGAACGGAGCGAACGACUCCGAGAAUCCGCAGAACUGGCCCAGACGUACGAAACUCCUUCGGUCGUCCGCGCCGCUAGCCGUCGUCUUCGCGAUUGCAUUUGCAUCCAGCAUCUUCGGGGCGGCGGCCGACGUGACCGCAGCCGAGUAUGGAGUGUCUCAGGAAGUCAUGUCACUCGGCGUGGCCCUCUUCAUUGGUGGUUUCGCCACAGGCCCGCUUGUCUUUGCGCCCACGGCCGAAGUCGUGGGCAGCGCUCCCGUCCUCAGCGUCGCCCUGGCUGGCUGUGCCAUCUUCCAGAUUCCCUUAGCGCUGGCACCGAAUGUCGCGACAAUCUUGGUGUCCCGCUUCCUGGCUGGGAUGUUGGGUAGCGGAGGAUUAGCUGUCGGCUCAGGCAUCCUGGCCGAUAUCUUCGGCCCGAUCACUCGCGGAGUUGCCAUCGGCUUGUCUGCGUCGAUCAUGAAUCUCGGCUCCGUCAUCGCCCCGAUUGCCGGGGCCUAUAUUGUGAACCGAUACGGUUGGCGAUGGACGGCGUGGGUGACUCUCAUAAUCUGCGCUGCUGCUGGAGUGCAAUGCCUGUUUUUGUUGCAUGAGUCCUCCCACAAUCGCAUUCUCAUGCGGCGUGCAGCCCGGCUCCGUCGUGAAACUGGUAACCCCAAUCUGCGUGCACAAGCUGAAUUGGCCUCGCUGGAUCCCGGCGUGCUACUGCAAAAGUAUUGCACAAAACCUGUGCGCAUGUUCUUCCAGGAGCCCAUUUUGAUCGUCAUGACUGUAUACCUCACCUUGGUAUACGGCACACUCUAUCUGUCCUACCAACUGUUCCCGAAAGCGUUUCAAGCUCGUGGCUGGAGCAGGCCCGCGGCCACAUUACCAUUCAUCUCGGUCGGGCUGGGUCUCUUGACAGCUUUUGGGCUCUCCUCCCUGUUCACCAUGACCUGGUACAAGAGUCGAUGGGUGGCUACAGAGAAGGCCAAGACGCCGAAUGUACUGCCAUCUGCGCGAAUUGCUCCUGAGCAUCGACUGCCGCCAAUGAUCCUCGGUGCCGUCAUCCUUCCACCGGCACUGCUCUGGUUCGGUUGGUCUGGAAAUGCGCACUGGAUGGUGCAAGUGAUCUCCUGCUUUUUCGUCGGACUGGCGCUACAGAUCAUCUUCAUAAGCGGUGUCGUGUAUAUUGUAGAUGUAUACCUGGCCAACACGGUAUCGGCAAUCUCGAUUCAUGUUCUGAUGCGGUCGCUUGUGAGUGCCACCUUCCCCCUUUUUGAAGGACCGAUGUACGAUACCCUGAAAAUAAAUUGGUCGGCAACGCUGUUAGCCGGUCUUUCGGCAGUAAUCAUGGUUUCCCCUAUUGUGUUCAUGGUAUACGGAGCUCGGAUCCGGAGCUGGAGCCGAUUCUCUGUCGGGGGCAUAUAA